AUGAUGCAGGGAGUUUUUGUAGCCAUCCUCACCUUUUCUCUUGGGACAGCAGGGGCUGCUCCAAAGUACCUCUGCACCUACUAUGACAUUGUUGACUACCUGAACAUCUCCUCUCACGACAAGCUGCACACGUACAUUCUGCCCAAGAUAAACCUGAAGGAGCCUGUGGAAGUGAAGAUGGAUUUCUUUUUGGUGGCGAUUCUCUCUGUGGUGGAAAAGCUCCAGACAGUCAGUUUUUACUUCGUCCUGAACCUGGAAUGGCAAAACCCUUUCGCAACCUGGGACCCACGGGAUUUCUGUAACAUUUCUGAAAUUGUUCUGCCCAUGGAUACAUAUUGGUCGCCCCCUGUCUUCAUCUUAGAGAGAGUGAGUGGGCAAAACCCAGAGCUGAAUUACAUGGUCCUCAUGCACAACGGCAGCUUCAACUCCACCCGGCCCUUCCAGGUCACCCUGACGUGCAGUUUGAUAAUCCUCAAGUUCCCCUUCGACACCCAGAUGUGCAACUUGAGCAUAGCUUCAUUCCUCUACCCAGUAACAGACUUUGUCAUGAAGACGAGACGGACACCAGCUGAGAUCAUGAAAGACAGCCAGAGUUUCUUCCUAACUGAUGGAGAAUGGAAGUUCACCAACCUGAACAUCAUCGAAUACACGGAACAGAUGGAUGACAAAGGAUUUUCUGUGGUCACCUAUGUGAUUUCCAUGGAGAGACGACCCACUCUCUACGUUCUGAAUCUGAUCCUCCCAACGUGUGCCCUGUACUUGCUGGACAUGGCUGUGUUGUUUGGACCCAGUUCUCUUGAGGAGAAAAUCAACUUCCAGAUUGCCAUCAUCCUCGGCAGCUCCAUGCUGGCUGUGAUCCUCAACAACAGCCUCCCAACUUCUUCCAACAAACCACCCAUAAUAGUGGUGUUUUUCCUGGGCACCUUCCUGCUCAUGAUCAUGGCUGUGUUAGACACCUUCUUCCUGUUGUACCAGCAGCGCAAAUCCCUGCGCUUGGACAAGGUCCUCAGAAGUUUCCAGCAAGACCCACACAAGCUGCCCAAGAGACCCCCGGGCAACCCAGAAAAGGGGGGUCCCCAACUGCUACACCCUCCCAAGAAGGCUCAGGGACAAGGGCAGCCAAGCAAGCGCCUCUGGCAGCUGCAGGAGCUGGACCAGUUUCUGCCAGUUCUGGAGAAAGUGCUUCUCUACAGCCACCUCUUCCUGUCCGUGUUCUUUUUUACUAUGAUUUCUGUAAAAUGGAGCAGCUGA